AUGGAACGUCCUGCACAUAAACGUCCUUUAUUAGAAGAGUCCCCAUUACCUUUAUCCGACUCUAAUAACGUAUCUGAUCACCUAGCUAAACGAAUCAGACUGACUUUACCGCCAAUUUCUUCUUCUUUUCCACCGACAAACGCCUCAACUUCUUACUCAUCAUACAAACCACCCUUUCCUUCAUCAAUACAUGAAAGUAGCAACUUUUCAAUCUUACCUCCAUUAUCCACUACGAAUUCAACAAAUUUAUCCAUUAGUUCACCUAGGCCAAUUUUUAAUCAUGAUUUACCUCCGAUUGAUUCUUUAUGCUCAUUACCUCCCUUAAAUAAUUUCAUUCAACAGACUGCGCCUUCAGUAAAUCCGAUGUCAGUAUCGGCUAUUCUAUCAAAUGAAGAAGAUACAUUCGUUAGGAUUGAUACAAAUAGUAACGAGAUUGCCUCGGGAAAUAAUAAUAUUGGGAAUCGACAUCAUACUCCGCUCGAUUAUCGUACUCCGCUGAAUACAAGUCCUGUUAUCAAAGCUUCGUCCUCUCCUUCGUUGCCCACGCCUCUUAAGUUAGUUCAACCUAUUAUUGAAGGUAUGAGUGAAAUUGAAAAUAUGCAUAGGAUGCGACGGAUGGAGAGAGAAAAUAAUAUUGUUGAGAAUUCAUCCAAUGAAAAUGGAGAGGGUGACGGAAUCGAAGUCGAAAUUGAAGGAGAAAAUGAAGGCGGAUACGAGAAUGAAGAGGAAGAAAGGUAUGAGAUGGAUGAGGUAGAUGAGGAAGCAACGCAGGAUUAUGUUGCUCAUGAAUAUGAUUAUCAUGACGAGCCACAAGUAAUCGUUGAAAAUGACGAGACUUUAAAUAUGGAAGGUCGAGAGGAGCGUCAUUUAGGUCAUUUGAUCUACAAUUCAAAAGAGAUUUUACCUCCUCUUGAGUUUCAUGAAAAUGGACUAUUGGAAAUAUGGAUCGAGUCGAAAUAUUUGACUUGGCUUAAUGAGAAAGUCAGAACGAACGCUUUAUGGGGUACAGAUGUCUAUACUGACGAUUCAGACGUUGUAGCAGUACUUAUCCAUACUGGCCAUUAUACACCUCCUCCGUCUUUGUCUGAAUGGACUCCUGAUUAUCCUGAUCAUGAUUUAUGUGUUACGAUCCGUGUUUUGCCUAAAUUAGUCCAGUAUACUUCAACUGUACGUGAUGGAUAUAAAAGUCGCUCAUGGGGAAAUCAUCAUGGUGUGAGUUACAAGAUUGAAAGAGUUUGCAAAAUGAAGAAAGGAGAAGCUAUUGGCCGAUCCAGAGGCAAAGGAAAAAAGGAACGGUUGCGAAAAUUUCACGAAAUGAAAAAACGAGCAUUUGGUGAAAUUUUUGGUAGUUCCUACGAUACAUCCGUUCUUGUCUUCAACAAUGAAGAAGAUCCUUGUUAUAAAUACAACCAACAUAUGAUGAUGGACGAAGAAGAACUUCGAAAACAACUUGAAACAAACGUUUUGUAUCUUGAAAAUGAUGAGGAACGAUACGAGAUCUCAUAUGAUGCUGAACGGAAAAAAUACCGUUUUGCUAUUGUGGCAUCUAAUACGUAUUUAGGAACAAGAACAAUUUUCAAAGACCAAGUGGCAACAACCUUUCCUCUUGAAAAAUCUCAUUUGGAUGAAAUUUUCCGUGAUGAUUUAGAAUUGCGAGAAAUGACAUGGAACGUUGUCGGAGUAAUCGUCGCUGAUAAGACGAACCCACAGCACAGUUUGCUUUGUAUAUCAAAGCGAGUUUACUGGAGACGCAAAACCGAAUGUAAUGAAGAAAAAGUUGCAUAA